CGGACACAUCAGCCGGUCAGCUGAGAGUGUUUACAUCGGUGCGCAGCUUGAGAGAGUUGAGGCGCUCCUUCUAUUUCGUUUAAAUUAUUACCGUAAUUCAUAUAUAUCAAGAUGGCUUCAGUAACUAGGGGUAUUUUCAUCGUGGGAGCCAAGCGUACACCCUUUGGUACUUUUGGUGGGAAGUUGGCUAAACAUUCACCAACAGACCUACAGGAGGUGGCUGCAAAGGCUGCCCUCACUGCUGCCAAUGUUAACCCUGAGCUUGUUGACUCAGUUGUUGUUGGCAAUGUUAUUGGAUGUGCACACACAGACACCAUUUAUAUUUCCCGACAUGUUGGCCUACGGUGUGGAGUGCCCAUCUCUUCUCCAGCACUCACUGUCAACAGACUCUGUGGUUCUGGCUUCCAGUCUGUGAUUAAUGGAGCUCAUGAUAUCUUGAUGGGAGACAGCAAGAUUGUGUUGACCGGAGGCACUGACAGUAUGAGCUUGGCACCUUAUGCUGUGCGCAACAUUCGUUUUGGCACUCGACUGGGGACUGACCUCUCUAUGGAGGAUACACUUUGGGCAUCACUGACAGAUGCCCAUUCCAAGACUCCCAUGGGUGUAACAGCUGAGAAUCUUGCUGCUAAGUACAAUAUUACCAGGGAAGAUGCAGAUGCGUUUGCACUUAAGAGCCAGUUGAAUUGGAAGAAUGGUCAGGACAAUGGGCACUUUGAUGCAGAAAUUGCACCUGUUUCUAUCAAGACCAAGAAGGGUCCUGCAGAUAUGACUGUUGAUGAACACCCAAAACCCCAGACACUACUAGAGAGUCUGGCCAAACUUCCAUCUGUAUUUAAGAAGAAUGGAACUGUGACUGCCGGUACUGCUUCAGGUAUAUGUGAUGGUGCAGGAGCAGUGAUACUGGCAUCAGAGGAGGCAUGUAAGGAACAGAACUUGAAGCCUCUAGCACGUCUUGUGGGUUAUGCUGUGGCUGGUGUUGAGCCCUCAAUCAUGGGCAUUGGCCCAGCACCUGCUAUUAGGAAGUUGCUCAAAGUGUCUGGAGUGGACCUGAAGGAUGUUGGCAUGGUUGAGAUCAAUGAGGCAUUUGCACCCCAGACAAUUGCAUGUCAAAAGGAACUUGAUUUGGACCCUGCCAUUCUCAACAUGAAUGGUGGAGCCAUUGCUUUGGGUCACCCACUGGGUGCAUCUGGUUCACGUAUCACUGCUCAUGUUGCUCAUGAGAUUAGGCGUCGUGGACUCAAAUAUGGAAUUGGGUCAGCUUGCAUCGGUGGUGGUCAGGGAAUUGCUCUGCUAUUAGAGAGCUUGUGAAACCCAGGUACUGUAUAGGUACCUGUGACCAUGAACAGUCUCUAUUUUGAGCAAGUCAUGGGUCUUCUGGAGCAACUUUAGAGAAGGCCUUACUUUUUUAUUAUCAAUAUUCUCUGAAGUGCUUCUCAGUAAAAAUAAGUAAAUCCUAUUGUUAGAAUUUGUUGUAUAUUGCAGGAAGCAUCUUGCUGGUGAUGCUCUCUUGUGGUUUUUCCAGUGCACUAUCAAUGCAAUUUUUUACAGUAUAUUUUGAAAACUAUAUAGGCCUGGCUCUUUUAUACAGGAUGAGUCUAUUAAUAUAAUUGUAUAGAUUA